AUGGCGCUGUUCAAAAAGUUCUUCUACCGGAAGCCGCCGGAUCGACUCCUUGAGAUCUCCGAGAGGGUCUUUGAGAACGGGAAACGCGGAGCCAGAAGAUAUCUCCAGUAUGUUUCCAGAAGACAAUUGGGUUCUGAGUGGCCUCCACAAGAAACACCCUUGCUUUUGGACUAUUUGAUCCUCAGAAACCUUCCAUUGUUUGAUGGUGGAGAAGGUUGCAGGCCUAUUGUUCGUGUCUAUGGUCCAGACCCUACAAGACCUGACAAUAGUAGCUCUAAAAUUCUUUUCCGAACUCCAGGUUCCCUCGUUCAACACUACCCGCAGGCAGAAUGUACGCUCGUGAAAAUUGAUAUCCAUUGUCGUGUUCAAGGGGAUAUUGUUCUUGAAUGCAUACAUUUGAGUGAAGAUUUAGUUGGGGAGGAAAUGAUGUUUAGAAUAAUGUUUCAUACUGCAUUUGUUCGCUCAAACACAUUGAUCUUGAGUCGUGACGAUAUUGAUGUUGUGUGGGAUUCAAAGGAGCAGUUCCCCAAGGACUUUAAAGCAGAGGUGCUUUUCUUGGACGCUUAUGCUCUUGUACAUAAUCUAUCCCCAAUCAACGUAAGCCGAGAUGUAAAUGACAGUGAGAGUGAUUCACCGGAUGAGUUUUAUGAAGUGGAAGAGAUCUUUACGAAUGCAAUUGAUGCACUUGAAGGUAGAGGAGAAUUUGGCUCUCCUAUGGUCCGUGAUGAUAGAAGUCAUAUAGACAUUUGGAAAGAUUCUUCAGAUCCUCAAGCUUCUACUUCAGAUGAUGGGAGUCACCAACAUAUGGUCCGUGAUGAUAGAAGUCAUAUAGAUAUUGAUCCUCAAGCCUUUACUUCAGAUGAUGGGAGUCACCAACAUAUGGUCCAUGAUGAUAGAAGUCAUAUAGACAUUUGGAAAGAUUCUUCAGAUCCUCAAGCCUUUACUUCAGAUGAUGGGAGUCACCAACAGGAGGUUGAAAGGGUACAAUCCGAUAUUAAUACAGUUAAAGACAUUGCUGUUGCCUCUACUUCAGAUGAUGGGAGUCACCAACAGGAGGUUGAAAGGAUAGAAUCCAGUAUUAAUACAGUUAAAGAUAUUGAUGUUGAUGAUGUCAAAUACAAGUUUCAAGAAAUAGCAGAUUUGGAUCCUCAUGAGGUUAAAGAUAUUAUUGUGGAUGAGGUCGAGAUUAAGUCGAAUUCAAUUGCAGACAAGAUGGAUUUAGAAGAUGAGAUAACAAUUAUAAACAAGAAUUUUGAUGAAAGGGAAGAAAAGCAUGAUCUUUCUAUGUCACAUUCUGAUCAUAAACUACAUCCAUCUACUGAAAAGAAGCAUCAUUCUCCCAAGUUAAAGAUUAAACAUCAUGAACAACAUAGUCACGAACAACAUGGUGCUGAGACAAAACAUCGCCACGAACAACAUGGUGCCGAGGCAAAGCAUAAACACGAACAUAGUGUUGAGGCAAAGCAUCAGCACGAACAACAGGGUGUUGAGGGAAGACGACAUCAUCAGGAACAUAAUGAACAUCAUGGUCACGAGGGAAAGCAUGCAAAGGCAAGUGUAGCAGCUAAGUGGAUUCCAAGUAACAAGGGUUCUUACCAGGAUUCAAUGCAUGUAUAUUAUCCAGCGUCAAGCCCCCAUUACGUACCAAUGAGUCCUCGAGGAAGGUCUCAUAGUAUUUCCCAUCUUUCUGAGUUGAAAAGUCCUAAAGGGAGGAGCACUUCAAAAUCUUUAGAACAUAUAGAACUUGAUACUACCUCUCCAUCAUCAUCCUCACCUUCACUUAAAGACCCACCUCUUGAGUCAACCACUCAAGAACCACACCUUAAUUCAAAUCCAAUACUUCUGCCAGUACCUCCUCCACCCCCACCCCCACCCCCAUCUAUUGGGGAAUUAUCAAAUGUAGUCUCCCUUUCUAAUUCACCACCACCCCCUCCACCUCCACCUCCACCACUACCACCACCUUUUUCAAAAUAUGGAGUUCCAACAAUUCCUCCACCUUCCCCUCUCUAUAUUCCCUUUACACAAGAAGAUCCUAGACAUCUUCUCUUGCCAACCUCCACUACAUCAUUUCAAGUUCCACCACCACCACCUUUACCACCAUCAUCCUUGACUUUACCAUCCUUCACUAAUGUAGAUAGUAAUCCACCACCACCCUCUCUUUUACCUGAAUGUCUACCAACACAACCUCCAUCUCCCUUGAUUACAUGUCCACCACCGCCACCGCCACCGCCACCACCACCGCCACGGCCUCUACCCCCACCCAUUUCAAGUAAGGCUUCACCGCCACCACUACAUUCUUCUCCAUUAAAUGAAUUACUUGAAACACCACCACCACUAUUUCCUUCAUCAAGUGGAGCACCACCUAUACCACAACCUCCUCCACCAACACCAGCACUUCCUUCAUCAAGUGGAGAACCACCUGCUCCUCCAUCAAAUGCACCACUAUCAACACCACCAUCACUACUUGCUUCAUCAAGUGGUGCACCACCUAUACUACCACCAGCUCUUCCUCUAUCACACGAAGCAGCAGCACCACCACCAUCACUUCCUUCGUUAAGUGUAGCACUACACAUGCCACUACCUCGCCCUCCUCCACCAAUUUAUAGAAAUCAACCUCCUCCACCUCCUCCAAUGAAUGAAUCACCCUCUCCUCCACCCACUCCUCCGCCUACUCCUCCGCAACCUCCAAUGCAUGCUAUAUCCCCUCUGACAAUGCAUGCAGCACUAUCUCCUCCCCCACCUUCUCCGCCACCUAGUGCUCCUCCCUCACCUCCAAAGCCUGCAGCACUACCUCCUCCUCCACCUUCCACGCAUGCAGCACCAUCACCUUCGUCAGCUCCGAAUCAUACAACACCACCUCCAAUGCAUUCAGCACCACCACCUCCGCCACCUCCUCCCCCACCCCUAAUGCAUUCGGCACCACCACCUCUGCCACCUCCAACGGUGCAUGCCGCGCCACCUCGGGUAAAUGCAGCACCACCUCCUCCGCCACCUCCUCCACUUCCAAUGUCAGGAGCGCCACCACCUCCACCACUUCCAGAAGGCCGUGGCCCACCUCCGCCACCUCCAAUGCCCAGAGCACCACCGCCACCUCCAAUGCCCGGAGCGCCACCACCUCCACCACCUCCAUUUCCCGGAGCACCACCGCCACCUCAGAUGCCCGGGGCGCCACCUCCUCCACCUCGAAUGCCCGGAGCGCCUCCACCUCCUCCAAUGCCUGGAGCACCUCAGCCACCUCCACCUCCAGAUGGAGGUCGAGGACCAGGCCCUCCUCCGCCUCCUCCUCCUGGAAGUCGAGGACCAGGCCCACCUCCGCCUCCUGCUCCUGGACGUGGUGGCCCAGGCCCACCUCCGCCUCCUGGUAGUCUUCCAGGUGGUGGACCUCCACCGCCUCCCAUGGGAAGAGGUGGUGGAGCUGCUAGAGGGCGUGGGCUCACACGUACUACAGCGAUGCCUCGACGAUCCCCUUUUAAGCCUUUGCAUUGGAGUAAGGUUAGCAGGGCAAUGCAAGGGAGCUUAUGGGAAGAAUUGCAAAGAAGUGCGGAACUUCAAACUGCACAAGAGUUUGACGUUUCAGAGCUGGAGAAGCUUUUUUCUGCAAGUGCUCCAAAAGCUGCUGAUAAAUCUGCCAAAUCCAAAGCUGCUGCACCCAAAACUGAUAAAGUCCAGUUGAUCGAUUUACGAAGGGCCUAUAAUACUGAAAUUAUGCUCACAAAGGUUAAGAUGCCACUUCCUGACAUGAUGGCAGCAGUGCUAGCCAUGGAUGAGACGGUGUUAGAUGGUGAUCAGGUGGAAAAUCUCAUCAAAUUUUGUCCUACUAAAGAGGAGAUGGAAACUUUGAAGGGAUACACUGGUGACCCGGAGGCUUUAGGAAAAUGUGAACAGUAUUUUAUGGAGCUGAUGAAAGUGCCAAGAGUGGAGGCAAAAUUAAGAGUGUUCUCUUUCAAGAUUCAGUUUGGGACUCAGGCUGAAGACUUCAAGAGGAGUUUAAACACUGUGAACUCUGCCUGUGAUGAGGUCCGAAAUUCAGUUAAACUGAAGGAGAUUAUGAAGAAAAUUCUUUAUUUGGGUAACACAUUGAAUGAAGGCACUGCAAGGGGAGCUGCAGUUGGGUUCAAGUUGGAUAGUCUCUUAAAGCUUACUGACACUCGAGCUACUACGGGUAAAAUGACACUGAUGCAUUAUCUUUGCAAGGUCCUGGCUGAAAAGUCUCCAUCACUCCUUGAUUUUCACCUUGACCUAGUUAACCUGGAAGCAGCCACUAAGAUACAAUUGAAGAUGUUAGCAGAAGAAAUGCAGGCACUCAUCAAGGGAUUAGAAAAGCUUAAACAGGAGCUUGCUGCAUCUGAAACUGAUGGCCCCGUGUCUGAUGUUUUCCGUAAGACACUUAAAGAAUUCCUUUCUAUAGCGGAGUCGGAGGUGGAAUCUGUAACAAACCUAUAUUCUUCAGCGGGUAGAAAUGCAGAUGCACUUGCACUAUAUUUUGGUGAGGAUCCAGCUCGCUGUCCAUUUGAGCAAGUUACUGCUACUCUCUUGAAUUUUACAAGACUGUUCCGAAAAUCACAUGAUGAAAAUGUCAAACAAGCGGAGGCAGAUAAGAAGAAAGCGGAGAAAGAGGCUGAAAUGGAGAGGGAGAAGGCUAAAGCCGGGACGCCAAGAAAGGGAGACGGCCAGACACCGAGGAAGUUUGAUAGAGACAUGGAUGGCCAGACGCCAAGGAAGUCUGACAUGGAUGGCCAGACACCGAGGAAGUUUGACAUGGAUGGCGAGACACCGAGGAAGUUCGAUAGAGAGAUAGAUGCGGAGACACCAAGAAAGGGUGACAAAGAGAUGGAAGAAAGCUGAGAAAGCAAAGGAGAAGAAAGUAUCCUCCCUUUUCCAAGAUGGACAAGUCUAUUUGGCCUCUUAAGGCUGGCGAAAUAGCUAGCCACUUUGAGAGCUUCUGAGAUGAUUCUCUGAUGGCAUGUUGUUGAAUCAGAAUUCCAUUGAUCAUCAUCAUCUAUGGCUCCACACUCUGGUGAUCAGCGCGGGUUCUUCAGAUGCUAAUGAAUAUGAUGGACGGAUGUAAGAAGAAGAAAUCUGCUUCCGCGUUCAUCCUUCCUGCACCAGAGCCUCAUGCCUUGGGAUUGUGAAGCACCAAAGUCCAUCUCAUCAGUAGUACCAUGAAACCUUGUACAAAGUUGUAACCCCCCCACUACUUUAGGAUCCAAAUUCUUUCUAAUGUAACAUAGAAAUUAGAGAUUUUGGUAGGAUAUACUUAAGAUCAUGUUGUAUAGGUGUCAGGUUAAGAAACAGAAUUAGAAAAUCAGGUCUCUGUACUGUAACUGUAAUAUAAGUGAAAAGCAGGCCAAAGUUAUAGAUGUUAGUAAAGUGUAAUAGGUA